GAGCCCAGAUGGCAUCCUGAGUUUCUUUCAGACAAGCCGCAAGACUCUGACCAUGGCCAAGAUGGAGCUCCCGAAGGGCUUCUCUGGCCAAUGGACAUUCCUAUCUGCCCUCCUCAACCUGCUAUCACUCAGCCUCUCCACAACAUCCCUGCUCAGCAACCAGUGGUUUGUGGGCACACAGAAGGUGCCCAAGCCCCUGUGCGGAAAAGGUCUGGCAGCCAAGUGCUUUGGCCUGCCAGUGCCCUUGGAUGGGGGCAGCGGCAACACAUCAUCCCAGGAGGUGGUGCAGUACAGCUGGGAGGCUGGGCAUGGCCGCUUCUCCUUCCAUACCUUCCAGAGUGGCCUGUGGCUAUCCUGUGAGGAAAUUGUGGAAGAACCAGCUCCAACCUCAGUCCCUAAACAAUUUAGAGCCGUUCAGACCAGUGCUACAGUGGCAGCAAAUGGGGAGAAAUGCCGAAGUUUCUUUGAACUCGCACCACCAACCAAGAGAGAGAUCCUAUGGUUAUCAAUGGGAGCCCACUUUGCCUACGUACGACUUGAACUCAUCAGUCUCCUCCUGCUACUAACGGACCUGCUGUUCACCGUGAACCCUGGCUGUGGGCUCAGGCUGAGCGCUUUCGCCGCUAUUGCCUCUGUCCUAUCAGGCCUUCUGGGGAUGGUGGCGCAUAUGAUGCAUUCACAAGUCUUCCAGGAAACUGCCAACUUGGGUCCAGAAGACUGGAGGCCACACGCUUGGAUUUACGGCUGGGCCUUCUCCACGGCUGGGGUUUCCUUCACGUGCUGCAUGGCAUCAGCGGUCACCACCUUCAACACAUCCACCAAGCUGGUGCUGGAAUUCAAGUGCAGGCACAGUAGGAGCUUCAAAGGAAGCCCGAGCUGCCUGCCCCGUUACCACCAGUGUUUCCUUCAACAGCUGUCAGGUGCAGCCCACCCGGGGGGUCCUUUGACCAGCUACCACCUGCCGCAGCCCAUCCGCUCUGUCUCUGAAGGAGCUGACUUCUACGCAGAGCUAGACAACAAGGGAUUCCAACAAGGCACCAGCCAGGGGCUAAAGGAAGAGCUGCCUGCGUCAUCUGUAGAACAGUGUUAGGAGUAAGUGGGUUUGGAGAGCAAGGCUGAGCCCAACCUUACAUGUUAUCAACACGUGCUUAAGCCAAAGUCUGUUUCUUGAGCAUGGUUUUUAGAGGUUAAGAAAAAGGGUAUGUUAAAGUCCAAGUCCCAGGGGGGUUGCCUGGAUGCCACAGCUCCCUUUCCCUUCACAACUCUGUCUCCUUUCACCGUCUCCCAUAUCUCACAUGUUCAGAAUUCCCUUUUCUCCUUUACUGAUUGCUUUUUAUGUGCUGAAUUCUGGGGCUAAGCACUGGAAAUAGAGAGGAGUAAAAUGCAGUUCUGCCCGUUAGGGGCUUAUAACCUGGUCAUCUGUCUGGGAUUUGUAGAAAUGGAGGUGGGAAAAUCAGCAGCCAAUGACUGUGGCUCAAUUUUCCAUGGUGCACUUGGAUUUCCUAAAGUCACAGAAGGGAAGACAAAGGCGCUCCUAGGAGCUCUGAUAUGCAGAUGUCCCUCACAUUGCCUAUUACAGGUUCUGCAUCCGCACAGUGGACAUUCAAUGAAAGUUUAAUUAAAUAUUAUCCUAGAAGCCAUUAGGAGAUGAGCAUGGAAGAGAAGGCUCUGACCACAUGCAGGGCCAGGCCCGCUUCCAGGAAUGACCCAUAGAGGCUAUUCAGACAGGACUGUGGUGCCCCAGUGGGGAACCCCACAGGAGAUUUCCCCAGUGAACAAGCUGUGGCAU